AUGGCUACAUUAGCAGAGCAGCUGAAUCCCACUCCAAUACAACAAGCUGAAAAUGAACCAUCCGUUGUCGAGGAAAAAAUUGUUGCAUCGACCGUUGCAGGCGCGGAUACGGAAGAGCUUUCUGAUCUAUCGGAAGGAUACGAAGGUUCCAUAACUAGUACAAAAGGUUCUUCAUCAUUUUCAUCCUGGUAUCAUCGAAUUGCUCCACUGGUGCGAAAUAGACAAGUACGAGUGCUUGCGGUUAUUAAUUCUAUCCUGACAAUAAUUAAUUUAUUUGUCGUCUUGCUUAUUGUCACCAGCUGUUUUUGGCUGUUAGCACUCAAAAUUAAGCAUGGUCAGCUACUUGAACAUGAUAUGCCAUGCUUUUACCGCUUUAAACCGUGGUCUCAGUGUUCAGCAACUUGUUGGGAGGACGGUCAACCAAUGCCGUUUAUGAAACGUGAAAUAGAUGAGAGCAAAUUAGUGAUGACACGCGGGAAAAGUUUCGCAAAAUGUCCAUCGAAUAUUAAAAAAAUUUUAUACAGAAAGCACCUUGUAAUUUACAACGGUAAGUUGUUGAUACAGAUUACACAGUAUUUAACACGCACGUUAAAGGAAUUGCUCGUUCAUCGUUAUGUGGCAUCACGCUAA